AAAGAGGGGCUGUUAAUGACUUUUACUCAACUGCUUAAAUAGGGAAAACACAAUAAAAAGCUCGUUUAAAUUCCAACCGUUGGAUCUCCCUUUUCCCUCCAAAGAGAGAUCAAAUCAAAUACCAACCGUUGGAUCUCGUUCUUAUCUCUGUUUCUUUCUUAUCUUUCCCCAGAAAACAGAGACAAGAACAAAGAAGAUCGUGAGAGACGUUACGUUUACAAUGGCGGAUCUAAAGAACCUCUUCCUCAUCACGAAACACCCGUCAACGACACAGAUCCUCCUAACGUCUCUCUUCUUCAUCUCUCUCUUCCUCCUCUCCUCUUCCCCUCUCCCAGACUUCUCCCACUCGCUCAUCGUCUCCAGCUUCACCUCUCGCCUCCUCACCGCCGCGAACUUCUUCUCCUCCUCGAGCGCUUCCGACUCAAACACUCUCUACUCCGUUUCUCCUUCAAGUAUCCGAGUCAACAACGAGUCCAAGAAGAUGGAUAAAGAACUCACUUCUUGCGACAUAUUCGACGGAGCUUGGGUCUCCGACGACUCCGACCCCGUCUACCUUCCCGGUUACUGUCCUUACGUCGAAGACAAGUUCAACUGCUUCAAAAACGGCAGACCCGACUCUGGCUUCCUCCGUCACCGGUGGCAACCUCACGGAUGCUCUGUUCCAAGGUCAGUUCUUUGUUUUUCCAGUAAAAUUACUAUUCUACCCUUCCCUUGUGACUCUGUUUUUUUUUUCCUUAGAUUCGAUGGGGAGAAGAUGCUUGAGAUUCUGAGAGGGAAGAGGCUUGUCUUCGUUGGAGACUCUUUAAACAGAAACAUGUGGGAGUCUCUCGUUUGUUCACUUAGGUCAACUCUGGAAGACAAGAACAGAGUCUCUAGGGUUUUUGUAAAACAGAGCAAUCUCCACAACGAAGGCUUCUACGGUUUCAGAUUCAAAGACUUUGAGUGCUCUAUAGACUUCAUCAAGUCACCGUUCCUAGUUCAAGAAUCAGAGGUUUUAGAUGCGUACGGGAAGAGAAAAGAGACGCUGAGGCUUGACGUGAUCCAAGAAUCGAUCACGAAGAUUUACAGAAACGCAGAUAUUGUUGUGUUCAACACUGGUCACUGGUGGACUCACCAGAAAACCAAUGAAGGGAAAGAUUACUUCCAGGAGGGGGAUAGAGUUUAUGAAAAGUUGGAAGUGAAAGAAGCUUACACGAAAGCUCUUCGUACUUGGGCUGAUUGGGUUGAUUCCAGUAUCAACAGUACUAGAACCAGAGUCUUCUUCGUUGGUUACUCUUCUUCUCAUUUUAGGAAAGGGGCGUGGAACGCAGGAGGGCAAUGCGACGGAGAAACAAGGCCGAUAGAGAACGAGACGUACACGGGAGGGUAUCCAUGGAUGAUGAAAGUGGUGGAGUCAGUGAUCUCGGACAUGAAAACGCCUGUGUUUUACAUGAACAUCACGAAGAUGACUUGGUAUCGAACCGAUGGUCACCCUUCGGUUUACAGACAGCCUGUGGAUGCCCGAGGAAGUUCUCCUGCAAGUGGAAUGUUCCAAGAUUGUAGCCACUGGUGCCUACCUGGAGUUCCUGACUCAUGGAACCAGCUUCUGUAUGCUACUCUGCUAGUCUCAAGUGGUUCCUUGCCUUACAGGUCUCUUGGAACUCUCUUAUAAGAGGGUGCUCUUACUUUCUUUUUGAUUAGCCACUCGUUUGUUGAUCUUUGCAAGCUUUACUUUUGUUUUUGUAAGACUAUAUACUUUUUAUAAUAUAGCAUCGCGAU